CAUUGUAAUCACAAUCACAACCAGAGAGAGAGAGAGAGAGAGAGAGAGUUUGGACCGUUUUAAUGGGAAGAAGCCCCUGUUGUUCCAAGGAGGGCUUGAACAAAGGUGCUUGGACAGCCCAAGAAGACAAAAUUCUCACAGAAUACGUUAGAAUCCAUGGCGAAGGACAAUGGGGAAAACUUCCAAAAAGAGCAGGUUUGAAAAGAUGUGGGAAGAGCUGCAGGCUUCGCUGGUUGAAUUAUCUUAGACCAGACAUUAAGAGAGGUAACAUAUCACCGGAUGAAGAAGAACUCAUCAUUAGGCUUCACAAGCUCCUGGGAAACAGAUGGUCUCUAAUAGCUGGGAGGCUUCCAGGCCGAACAGACAAUGAAAUAAAGAACUAUUGGAACUCAAAUCUGGCCAGAAAAGUUCAUGACAACAAAAGUGCUACUCCAACUCCUUCAGGCCAGUUCGCCCAGGACAAAUCCAAGAUUGAUUUGCAGGUGGUCCGGACCAACGCAAUUAACAACAAAAAUUAUCAUUUUGACACCAAAGAUUCAUGGCUAUCCGUGGACUGUGACCAUACAUUUAAUGAUAAGUCCUUGGAAUUUGAUAUGUACCAUGGACUAUCGUCUUUUGCUAACGGAUCAGAAAAUAUUCAAUCAUCGGAUUUUAUGAUGGAUUUCAAUAUGGGAGAGCCUUGCUUCUCUGAUCUUCUCAUCAGCUCUUACCUUCCAGACUCACGUGUCUUCGAAUGUAGCAAUGACUAUGAUAAUGGAUUGUCCCCCUCUUUGGAAAAAUGUUUAAUAUUCUCCAAUGAAAUGCUGUGUGAUUGGACCUUCAUUCAAUAAUUGUGUUCAAGCAAGCCAACGUGACACCCAGCAGUCUACAUCCAUUAGCUUCCUCUCUUGACACUGAAGUGGGAUAGCAGGUAGAAUAAUUGACUCUGAAGUGAUUGGUCUUUUACUGUUUAUUACCCCGUAAGAUUUAAUGUUAAUUUGAUAUGUUUAUUGAAAAUUUUAUUAGUGCUUUAUUUCCAUUUGUUGAUGUUAGCGGGCUUUUUAAAUAAACAAUGUAUUUAUAGUUGUACUUGAUGUGUAAGUUGUCUGGAGUAAUAAAUAAAGGAUUUUACUAA